GGUGAGGCGGCAGCGCGGCCCCGGGCGGGGCCCUAAGACACCUGAGGCGCCGGCGCCCGCAGCGCGGCCAAUCCCCGGCGGAGCGCGGGCGGUGCCUGCCCGCCCCGGGGCGCCCCAAGGCGGCUGAUGGGGGAGCUGCGUCCCGGCAGCGCUGCUCCCUGCCCGGCCCGAAGCCCUGCUCCGCACCCAUCCAUGGAGGCGGCCAACGGGGCCGUGCCCGUGGGCGCGGCGGGGGACUCCCGAGGCAGCGGGGCCGCCCCGUCGGGUAAAAAGGAGGUGAAGGUCGUGAUAGUAGGGGACGGCGGCUGCGGGAAGACGUCGCUGCUGAUGGUGUACGCCAAGGGAUCCUUCCCCGAGCAAUACGCUCCCUCCGUCUUCGAGAAAUACACAACCAGCGUUACGGUGGGCAAAAAGGAGGUCACCCUGAAUCUGUACGACACCGCAGGGCAGGAGGACUACGAUCGCCUGCGACCACUUUCUUACCAGAACACAAAUGUUGUGUUGAUUUGUUACGAUGUCAUGAACCCCACUAGCUAUGAGAAUGUAGUAGCCAAGUGGUAUCCUGAAGUGAAUCACUUCUGCCGAGGUGUCCCAGUUGUACUGAUUGGCUGCAAGACAGACCUGAGGAAAGACAAAGAGCAGCUGCGCAAGCUCAAGGCUUCCAAGCAGGAGCCCAUUACUUACAACCAGGGUGAGGCAGCUUGUCAGCAGAUCAGUGCAGAAAUUUAUCUGGAGUGCUCAGCAAAGUGUCGUGAAAACAUCGAAAAUGUCUUUAAAGAAGCAACAACCAUCGCCCUGAACGCCAUCAGGAAGGCCAGGCGCCAGAAGAAGCAGAGAGCAUGCUCUGUGCUAUGAUCUGGGCUGCAGGAGAGCAUUGACUGCACAACAGCCAAGCCAUUCAGAUGCUGAAAACAGUAGAACGUUACAGACCUUUUUUUAUUAUUAUUACACAUUUGUAUUCCUAAAACUAUUUUUGGUUUUGAAUGUUUUAUAAUUUUUAGUGUUUUUGCACUUCUGUUGCACUGCUCUCAGAGUUUUCAAGGUUCUUUAUCACAGUUAACUGAUGCUGUCUGCCUUUGUCCGUCUGGCUUUUGCUCCUAACAGCAAACAACCACAAGUCAGGUCUUGGACUCACUGUUUAAACUGCAACAAACAGCAACUGCAGCUGAAUGACUUAAAAUAGUGUUUGGGUUUUUCUCCUUCUGCAAAGUAACUGUGGCAUGCUGUAGCUACAAUUUACUGUCUUCUCCAAGAAGCAAAGCUGGAAAGACACAUCUUUUAGAAGCAAUGUCUGUGCAGCUUACCAGGCACCUUUGAAGAGACAGAAAUUAAAGAUCUGUCUUAACAUUUCCAAAUCUAUUUACUUGGUGGCAGUCGGAGGAGCUAGCUACAUGCCAACUACAGAGCAUGCAGAGGGAGCAUCCACCACUGCCCCUGUACCACCUUUGGAGAGCUGCAUGUUUAGAGGUCCUCUUGCAAGGCCAGCUGCUGUAUCAGAAAGUGGUAUUUAUCAAUGGAAAUACAUCAGUUGCUCUUCAGAAAUGGAAUGGCAAGGUAAAUAUUUCAUUUAAAACUCUCAAAGUUAGAAGUAGUCCAAACAGCUACUCUGUGUAAUGUAAAGUCAUUUUUAUGGUGAACUUCCAUAGCUUAUUUAAUACAUGACAGAUGCAGGUACUGGUGCAUGCUCGGGGAAAUACUUAACUCACAUUCAUUAACUGUUGGAAAGCCUCUGUUGUUAUAAAUUAAAGUUCUCCCUUUUGUGAUGGUGUCAGUUGUCUGUUGAAGGAUAAGGGAUGCUCCCACUGCACAACACAUGCCUCCAAUAUCCUGGUUCUUUUGCACAUCCCAUGUAGCAAGAUCUGAGUUCAGGAGCAGUCACUAGUUUGUAGCCAUCACAAACCAAACCUGUGAGGUUUCUGCAGUACAGGUAUUGGCUAGAAGCUUUCUGUGGAAGGCAAACUACAGCCCAUCCCAAGUGAGAACACACAGGACUUGUGUUAACAGUAACAAGACACAACCUUUGG